AUGGAGGAUAUGAUUAUUUAUAUGAUAAUUAUUGCACCAUUAACAAAAUGGCUUAUCGGACCCAAUCGACCUUGGAAUAAAGGAAAAAGAGAAUAUGGUGUAUUCAUAGCUUUAUUUAUACUAUUUUCUGUAGCUAUAUAUGAACUUCAAAAAACAGAACAAAAUGCUUAUGAAAUUUUAAAUGUAAGUACAUAUGCAACCAAAACAGAAAUACGACAAUCUUUUCGAAAAUUAUCACGUAUAUACCAUCCUGAUAAAAGUAAAGAACCAGACGCAUUUGAUAAGUUUACUAAAAUAAGAGAAGCAUAUGAAAUAUUAUCUAAUGACAAAAAAAAAUAUAAUUAUGAUCGAUUUGGAGAUUUUCAGGGUAGUGAAAUAACAAGCUUUUUUUAUGUCGAAAUAAUAAUUAUAGCAAUUUUUCAGUUUGCUAUUUCAUUUAUAUUUGGUUUCUUAUAUUCAUAUGGAAAGGAUAAUGAACAAUAUCGAAUUUUAAUUUGUUUAUAUAUAACAUUAAAUUUUUGUUUAGAAUUAAUACUUAGAUUUAGUAGUGAAAGCACAGAAUUUCUAGCCUUUUGGCCAAUCUUUAAUCGCUUUACUCCUUUUGAAAGAAUUAAAGCAAUAAAAUCACUUGUUCCUUUAUUUAUGAAUGUCAUAUUAUUUAUAGAUCUUUAUUUGAUCGAGGAAGAUAUGAAUACAUAUGCAGUAACAUUUUGUGAAUAUAUUUUUGAAAAAAAUAUUAAAGUACUUAAAAAUUACAAUGAUGCUGUUCUUUUUUGUGCUAAACUCAUUGACGGUAAAGUAGACCGACAUAGUAAUUUUUCAUGGAGACCAAAAGAAGAACAUACAUAUAUAGAGAAUGUUCAAGAAUUAAAAGUUAACCAAAUUCAUGAUAAAAAAUGUGAUAAAGAUGAUAUAUUUUAUCAAUUGUUACAUCCUAUUGUAGAAACAAAUGAAGAAGAUAUCGACUUACAAAUUCCAAAAAAAGAAUUAUGCCGUCGAUUUGAUUGGUCUCAUUUGUAUGUUUCAAAUAUCCUUGCGAAAAAUGAAAAAGAGAAAAAUAUUGAGGAAGGGAAUGCUAACAAGGGUGUCAUUUUUUCUGCCAUUCUUUAUAUUAUUGGGAUAGUCUCACAUUUAUUAUCAAAAUAA